CGAAAUUUAUAAAGAGGCGGACGGCCAGAAAAUCGUUUAUUGUACUUUUAGGAACCGUUAAAUUCGUAUCUUAGCCGCGAUCGGAAAAAUGCGUAAUAAAAAUUUUGUCGUUCUGAUAUGCGCUUCCUGCAUUUGUGCUUGUGCUGCGGUUCCGGAUAGUUAUUCUGGCGAUAUACAAAACUCGAACUCAUUGGAUUUCGGCAAUGAUAACGGGGGCUAUCAGUAUAACGCUCCCCCGAAAAACGACUAUCUACCUCCCGCAACUCCCGCCCCAGAAUACCUGCCCCCACCGAAUAAUGGAUAUCAAUAUAACCCGCCCCCGAGCAACAGCUAUCUGCCACCUCCGAACAACAACUACCUACCUCCGGCUCCUGAGUACGGACCACCUCCUGGAUAUCCUGUGUAUGGUCCACCUCCUCCCUUUUACAAGCCAGCUCCCCCGAUUCCCUACCAUUCCCACGACUCGUUUCUGGAAAAACUAAAGUCCAAGAUCAACUUAUACACGCUUGGAAAAAUCCUGUUAAAGCUCUUGAUAUUCAAAAAAAUUGUCAAGUUUAUUGGCCUGAUUUUCUUGCUCUUGGUUUUGCCAAAGCUGAAAAAUAUUUUUAAGGAUGAUAUGAUGUCUGGAUCUGGUGAAAGCGAUGGUAUGGAAAGUAAACUUGUUGAAACUGAUAAUGAUAAAUUAGCUCAACAAAUUGAAGAUCUUUACGAUUUUGUGGCCAAUUCUAUUGAGAAUUUUGAAGGAAGAAGCUCAUAGAUGUAUACCAAAACUAGUUAAAAAUGUAUUAUUAUUUAUUUAUUAAAAUUGUUCUUAUAAAUAAAAUUUAAUUAUAUGUUA